UGAGCGCAUUGUUUCUAUUUGGUUGCGUCUGUUUUGUAAAAGCUUAAGAUCACGUAAUUCAGAUUUUUGUUGACGGUAUGUCAUUUUUUUUCUAUACUUAGUAUAAACUACGUAGUAAAAUUCGCUUUAUCGUCUUAGAAACUGUCAUUAGCAUAAACCGCAUUAUUGUUUACAGGCUCAUGCCUGCAUUUUAAAAGAUUUAGUAAUUGUAUCUUUUCAUUGUAGUUUUGAUAUCACACACUGAAAAGCUCUGAUCACCAAAAGUAUUCAGCAGGGGAUCGGUAACGUUUGUGCGUCGUUUAAUAGCAUGGGUUCAGCGGUGGACUUCAGGACUCAAGUGGAUCAGUCGUGCAGAUACUCGGAGGCAUUCGUCAACAUUUAUUAUGACUGCAUGGAUAAGAAAAGACGGAAUUUGACGAGGCUGUAUCUGGAUAAAGCAACGCUAGUGUGGAAUGGCAAUGCUGUCACAGGUCAAGAUGCCCUCAGUGAUUUCUUUGACUCCCUCCCCUCCAGUGAAUUUCAAGUUCAGACUCUUGACUGCCAGCCUGUACAUGAACAAGCAACUCAAGGCCAAACCACUUUGUUGGUGGUUACAGCGGGUUCAGUGAAGUUUGAAGGAAACAAACAGAGAUACUUCAACCAGAAUUUCUUAUUAACUGCCCAAGCCACCCCCAACAGUGACCAGCCAGUAUGGAAGAUUGCAAGUGACUGUUUCCGCUUUCAAGAUUGGGCAAAUUGAAUUGUAUCAUCAAAU